GGGGAAAUUAAAAAAUAAAAAAAACUCAAAGCGGCUUGGGGCUCAUUCUUUCACACAAGGAAGAAAGAGAGAGCGAGAGAGAGUGAGGGAGAUCGGUGGUUACGGAUCGGUUCGUUAGGGUUUCAUAGUGAUGCAUUACUGAAACAGAACCCUAAUUUACUCUCCGAUCAAAUUCUUUUCGUCUUCUUUUUUUUUUUUUUUUUAAUUAUUUGAUUAAUUUAUUUGUUAACAUUUUUUGUUUUUCCGAGUAUUGAUCAAUCUCUCUGCAAUUUUUAUUUUGUUGUUGUUGUUUUUCUCUUUUUAAUCCUUAGAACUCUAAUUGUUUUUGAAUGGCGACGACGACUGAUUCUUCGCCCCGUGGUUCGGGAUUUUCCGCUGACGGUGUCCAUAGCCCGCUGCGCAGGAGGAAUUUAUCUUCUCCUUGGGCUCAGAUAGUGCGGGGAGAGACGGAAUCGAUGUCGUCUGUUCCUCAUUCACCGACAUCAUCGUCUCCGGUGACUUCUUGCCCGGAACAAAUCUCUUUUUCUGAAUGCUCCCCGACCAAGCCUUUGUCACCGUCGCCGUCACGGUCACCGGCACCGGAUAAUUCUGGGGUUGGGGAGGCUUUGCUGGAGAAUAGCGAUGGUUGUGGAAGCAAUGCGGGUCGUCAAAAGAAGCCGGCUUGGAACAAACCCUCGAACGACGUCGUUGAGGUUGGUCCCGUAAUGGGCGCGGUGUCUUGGCCUGCACUUUCUGAGUCUACUAGGGCUUCACCAAGGUCUUCGUCUGAUUCUCCGAAGCCUGCUGUGGAUGGAUCGGCCGCCAGUAUUCAGGGACCUGUAAUUCCACAUUCGCCUCAGAAACAAGUUCCUGCUAAUACAAACCCUAAUUCUUCACAAAACCAUGCAUCCCCAUUUCGGCAAAGAUCGAUUAAGAGCGGUGGUGGGUCUUCACAGACUGUCCAUGGUCACCUGCCUUCACAGCCGCCUCCACCACCGCCACCUUAUCCUCUAUUUGAAAUGCCUCAAAAUAAGUAUGCAAAAAUGGCGCCUCAAGUGCUGGAUUCUUCUACAAGAGAGCCUCCUUACAGGAACAAUACUUGGGAAACCAGACCAAUUGGAGGAUUUGUGCCACAACCACGUGGACUAAGUGAUCAUCCUUUGCCAAGAAAUUCUCGCCGAGGAAACUUUGGACCCCAUCCCCGAGGAGAUGGCCCACACCACAACAACUAUGGGGGUCGACGUGAUCAAGAUCGUGGGAAUUAUGAAUGGAAUUCUCGAAGUUCUAAUGUUAGAGAUAUUCACAUGCAGCCUCAAAGAGCUCCUCCUAGAGGCUUUAUAAGAGCUGCACCACAAUCCAGUUCUCCCCGAUUCAUGACACCACAGCCUAUCCGACCCUUCAUGAAUCCUGCCGGUUAUCCGGAUAUGCCAUCUCAAAUGUAUUAUUUCCCAGCACUGCCUUCAGAGCCCUUCAGGAGUGUGCCAUUUGUUGCACAUGCGCCACCUCCUCCAAUGUUUAUCCCUGUUCCGGACCCUCCUCUCCCUACUUUGUUAGUUAAUCAGAUAGAAUAUUAUUUCAGUGAUGUUAAUUUGAUAAAAGACGAUUAUUUAAGGUCAUAUAUGGAUGAUCAGGGCUGGGUUCCCAUUACUUUGAUAGCAGGCUUUCCUCGAGUACAGAGUUUAACAAAUAGUAUACCAUUGAUAUUGGAUUCCUUGAGAACUUCAACUUCUGUGGAAGUGCAGGGUGACAAAGUGAGGAGGCGUAAUGAAUGGAUGAAAUGGUUACCUAGUUCUGCCAGGUUUCAUGCUGACCUGGGCUUACAAUCCCCUGGUGGAUUGAGCUAUGGUACAUUGGUAUCUUCUUUUCAAAAGGUCACAGUGGAGGAAGGGAGUGCUAACCAAAACAGUUUGAAGGGUAAAACAGAAGCUCACACUGAGACUGUUUUGGGUAGGGCUUCAUCGGAGGAGUUUACUGGUGAAUCACUGUGCAAUGGAAGGGUACAGACUAAGACGCCACCUCAAGCUGGAGCUGAUCAAUCUGCUAUUUAGGCCUCAAGCAGUUGGAUCUGAUCUCUAUUUAGAGAAGAAAAACACACCCAAAAAGAUGAAAAAAAAAAAAAAAAACCUGAAAAAAAGAAAAAAAAACUGAAAAAAAGAAAAGAAAAACAAGCUAAUUCACCAUUUCCUGAAGGUUUGUGGGAAUGUAGGGGCUGGCUACUGGUAUAGGAGGUGCAGGGGUGGGAACACCUUCAAUUUUCUCUGAAUGAACCGGGAAACAAAAUAAUGAAUACAUAUUAUCUUAACAGAGAAAAAAAAAAAACGAAACAUGAGGCAGAAAGAGUUUAGAUUUUGAUUGGGCAUAUGAGAUUAUUGAUUGUAUAGUUUAGUUUUGGUGUGGACAAAUGAUGUUUCUACCAUUUACCGGUAAUUUUUGGUGCCAUGAUUUGGGUUCUGCAUUGAGCAAAAUUGAGUUGAUUUUCUUAAAGCUUGGUUUCUCUGGUUACUUGUCCUUAUGAACUACACCAGUAGGAGAGAAAAUUUUGAAUACAGUGACAGCUUGGUUGGCAAAAUUGGGUUUAGCCUGACUUUCUCCGACUAUUUCUAA